AUGAUUUCGGAGAAGAGGGAACACAGCAAGCACAAAGCCCAUCGGAAGGGAAAAUUGGUGGAAGAAGAGGAGGAGAUCUGGGGAAUACCCCACAAGGAGGAUAAUAAUGAGCAUUACGAGCAUGGCGGCGAAGACGACAGCAAUGGGCACUCUCUCUCGCCCCUAAUCGAGGCACACAACUUCUUCGAAAACAAUGAGGUCAGCGAACACGGCGAGAAGGAAAAUAAAAAGAAGAAGAAGAAAAAAAAAAAAAAAAACAGAGAAGAUGACCCAGAGGGGGAGAACCCCCGCAUGGACGUAAAGGGCCCCAGUUAUGAGAUCAACGAGUGGGGUGAAGUCAAAAGGGAAGAACACCAGCUGGGUAGCCACGAUCAGCAGGAGGAGAGGCAGAGAAGAAAGGAAGAAAAGAGAAGACUCAAGGAGGAGAAGAAAAGACUCAAGGAGGAGUUGAUAACGCACCCGCCGCCAACAAAGCAACCCCUAACAGGGAGAAAGAAAAAAAGUGUCCGCUUCCAGCAUGAAGAAGUCAGCAACGAAGAGAUCCUCAACUACUUCAUCCAGUCGUACGAGGACAAAAUAAGCAUAGAGCACGACGAGCUCUGCCAAGUAAUGACCGGCAAGAAAUUUCUUGACAUUGAGCGAUUGGCAAAAAACGCCACAGAAAUUACCCACCAGUCAUUAAUGCUGAAAAAUAUACAAAAGGAGCAGCAGAAUUAUUGCAGGCAGUGUGGCUACAUCUAUAACUACGACGAUUAUAUGUAUAUGUAUAUGAAACGUUUUAAUCUGUCCAAGUCAAGGGAGAGGAGUAACUGCCUCAAUGGAAGAAGCCCCUAUGGCCCAUUUACUGGUGCCAUGGAGAACGCCAAUUUCGACAACGAGAACGCCAUCAAGUGUAUUUAUUGCGGAGCCGUAAUAGAUACCAUCGAAAUGUAUAACCACUGGAAUGGAAAAGAAAACUACAUUGAAUUGAAUUCGUAUAGGGAGAAGUACAUAUUUGAUAAGAACAAAAAAAGUUACUGGAAAAAUAAAAUCACCUCCCUUGAGAAAAACGUUUCCCUAUUCAAGGAAGAUCAAAAUCAAGCUUAUAAUAUUACCUAUGAAAAGUGUACCGAUUGUGGCAAUGACUUUUUGCAUUUUAUUAAUAUACAGACGAGGAGUGCCGAUGAAGGGUCCACCAUCAUUUAUUUCUGUCCCAAUUGUAAGAAGCAGACAACGGUUAAUAAUUAG